AUGGCGACGAAGACAGUCAAGCGAGGUAACGAAAGUAAGAAGGAUAACAACACACAGACAGAUGUCCGCCUGAGCAACAUCACCUCCGCGCGUGCUGUAGCCGACUGCAUCCGCACCUCCCUCGGUCCACGCGGGAUGGAUAAAAUGAUCAUUCAACCCAAGGGCGAGACCGUGAUCAGUAACGAUGGAGCCACCAUUCUUUCGAAGCUGCAGGUCACUCACCCUUGUGCAAAGAUGAUAGUCGAUCUUUCCAAGGCGCAGGAUAUCGAAGCAGGAGAUGGCACAACAUCGGUCGUGGUGAUCUGCGGUGCUCUUCUCCACGCGGUUGAGAAGCUCCUCCAUCAGGGCAUCCACCCCACCCAGAUUUCCGAAUCCUUCAAGGAAUGCGGACGGAUGGCGGAGCAGGUCCUGGAGGAGAUCAGCACCAAGAUCGACAUUGAGGAUCGCAGCACCCUUAUUCAGGCCGCCAUCACCUCCCUCAACUCCAAGGUAAUUUCCCAGAAUAGUGGCCUGCUGGCGCCGAUGGCUGUGGACGCCGUACAUAAGAUCAUCCGCCCGAAUGGGGAUGUCGAUCUACGCGAUAUCCGCGUCACGUCCGCGCUCGGUGGUACCAUAGACGACACAAUCCUCAUUGAAGACGGGAUGGUCAUCAAGCAAAAGGCUUCCCGUGUUGCGGGGGGUCCGGUGCGCAUCCAGAACGCUACUAUCGCGCUUAUUCAGUUCCAGCUUUCGCCCCCGAAGACGGACAUGGAGAGCACGGUCACGAUCACCGACUACACGCAGAUGGACCGUGCCCUGAAGGAGGAGCGGAAGUACCUGCUCACGCUCUGCAAGAAGAUCAAAGACGCUGGUGUUAACGUCCUGCUCGUGCAGAAGUCCAUCCUGCGCGACGCCGUCACGGCGCAAUCGUUAGACUUCCUCGCCAAGAUGAAGAUUAUGGUGGUGACGGAUAUCGAGCGAAACGACAUUGACUACAUCACGAAGACCCUCGGCUGCCUGCCCGUCGUGAGCGUCGACAACCUGACCCCGGACAAGUUCGCCCACGCGACGUUGGUCGAGGAGGAGGGAACACCCAACGGCAAGGUGAUUAGAAUCACUGGGGUGCAGCCGCCGCCAUCGACCUGCAAGCACUUUGGCAAGACGGUUUGCUUCUUCCUGCGCGGCAGCAACGCGCUGAUGCUUGAGGAGGCUGAGCGUGCCCUACAUGACUCCCUCUGCGUCAUACGGUCCCUUGUGAAGAAGCGCGCGAUUAUGCCCGGGGGUGGGGCAGGCGAGAUUGAGAUCUGCCUGAGGCUUGGGAAGUAUGCGCGGGAGCGGGCUGAGGGUAUUCAAACCUUUUGCAUGCGCGCCUACGCGGACGCGUUUGAGAUGAUCCCGUAUACGCUGGCCGAGAAUGCUGGUAUGCAGCCCAUCUACAUCGUAACAGAGCUGCGCAACGCGCAUGCCUCGGGUCACCACAACGCUGGGGUCAACGUGCGUGACGGCUGCGUGACCGAUAUGCUGGCCGAAAACGUUGUUCAGCCCUUGUUGGUCUCUACGUCAGCGGUCCGUUUGGCAACUGAAUGCGUUAUGAUGUUACUCAAGAUUGAUGAUAUCAUCAUGACCCGUAUGUAG